AUGGAGCUCCUCGGUGCUGCCAUGCCGGCUCUUGUCUACCUCGGAUAUGUUAUUGUCGCAUCGGUGGUGCUGUUCGUCAGUUACCGCCUCACACUCCACCCCUUGAGUGCGUACCCGGGUCCCAUUGCCGCCAAGUUGACCGACUUCUACAACCUCUACCACGCGGCAUCAAUGGACGAACACGUGGCGAUUUGGCGAAAUCAUCAAGCUUAUGGCCCCGUGAUAAGGCAUGGUCCUAAUAAGCUGGUAUUCAAUUCACUCCGAGCAUUGCAAGACAUCUAUUACAACGACAGAGUCACCAAAUCCAACGCGUAUCUCAACAUCAUGCAGGCACCCAAUGUACACAGUGUCUUUACUGUGAUUGACAAGCAGCAACAUCGUGCCAAACGUCGAUUAAUCGGACAGGCUCUCAAUGAACACGGCAUGCGGCUGUUCGAACCUAUCAUCCUGGAACAGACGGACAUUUUCAUCGAGCAACUGUCUCGGUCCUGUACCAAAGGUGCGCCCAUCUACAUGUCGCCCCGGCUGCGAUACCUCACAUUGGACAUCGUGACCCUCCUGGCCUUUGGAUAUCCCCUGCACACUCAGACAGAACAGAAAAAUCGAUUCGUUUCUGACGGCAUCCUUCGAAUGACGGAGGCCCUACAGAUACUUGGGCAUAUAAGAGAACGCAGAAAGCCAUACAGAAGCGUGGUGAAGAUGCUGAUCGGGUCUCGCAUGACUGAGGACAAGGACGCUAAACAGGACCUGUACUCCAUGGUUGCAGAUCAAAUCAACACCGGAGGUCGCGAAAACAUCCCAACGAGCGACUUAUGGGCAGAAGCAAUCUUUCUAUUCGCAGCAGGGUCGUCAUAUUCUAUGCAUCAUACAUAUGGUGGUGAUACCACUGCUACGGUUACGGCGGCCCUGUUCUUUUACCUGUCAAGGGCCCCAGACUGCUACAGCAAGCUAGCUCGUGAAAUCCGAACCACGUUCGACAGCAGAGAUGAAAUCCGCAGCGGCCCGAAACUGACAAGUUGCCGCUACCUCCGGGCUUGCAUCGACGAAGCUUUGCGCAUGUCUCCACCGGCACCCCGCACACCCUGGCGACAACAAUCUGAUACGGAUGAUGCUCCGCUCAUUAUAGACGGUCACGCGGUGCCCCGCGGAACCCAUAUCGGCGUCAACGUCUACUCCAUCCUCCACAAUGACGAGUAUUUCCCGGAUCCCUUUGCCUACACGCCGGAGCGAUGGUUGUCAGGCGUGUCUGAGGAACAGACGAAAAUCAUGCACGAAGCGUUCGUUCCGUUCUCAGCAGGGACCCGCAUCUGGGCAGGCAAGGCGAUGGCGUAUUUGGAAACGAGUGUCCUCAUUUCGAAGACUCUCUGGCACUUUGAUUUUGAAAAAGCCCCGGGGAAGGUUGGUGAACUCGGCGCUGGAAGGAGUGGUGGCGCCUACGGCAGACACAGACCGGGCGAGUUCCAGAUUCACAAUGUCAUUUCCUCGACUCAUGAGGGUCCCAACGUGGUAUUCCACACAAGAGCUUCGGCUGCGUAA